AUGCAACAAGCUGAAAUACUCGUUGAGAAUACAGCAGCAACAGAGGGCACUUCAACUCUCCGAUCCAUUGGAGGAGCAACAUUUGUAUAUAAGAUAAUAACAACAGGAAAACAAGACUUGAUCAUCGCGUGUGAUCCAGUGUUGUGUCCAAAAGGACAUGUGCAGAAUUAUGGACUUUUUAAAUCGACUAGAAUGCAAGAACCUGCACUGGAAGGUGAUGCUGAUUUAUUGGAUGUUGAUUUGUGGCUGUUAACUCAUGGACAUGAAGAUCACUUGGACUCAUUUGGAUUGGAACGAAUUUUGAAUGGAAAGAAGGAUAGUAUUGUGAUUGCUCAUCCAAGUGUUGAGGGAUUAAUGAAAAAAGUUCUGAAACAAAAGGAUUUGACAUUUGGAAAUAGAAAUGUUCAUUGGAUGUCACCUGCUCAAGAUUUAAAAUUGGAAAUUAAUGGAUUUGAUAUUACAUUGAGAUCAGUAAAUGCUUUCCAUGGAAGUUGCAGAAAAAUUGGAGCAAUGGUUGGAAAUGGAAAUGGUUAUUUGGUAUCAAUAUCCUCAAAUGGCAAUCAUCAUUCAAGAUUUUAUGCAACUGGUGAUUCAAUUUAUAAUGAGGACAAUAUUUCAGAUGAUUACAAGGAAUUGAGUGAAAAUCCAUUGGAUUUUAUUGUAACAAAUGGAGGAGAAGCAUCAAUGGAUAAGAAGAAAAUUAUUGGAGCUAUUGCAACUAGAGUAAUUGGUUCAAUUACCAAUAAUUCAAAGAAUAUUAUUGAAAUGCAUAAGAAAUUGAAAGCGAGAAAAACAUUGGUUGUUCAUCAUGGGACCUUUUCUCAUUAUGCAGAAGUGUUGGAAGAUAAGACAAGUUCCUUUGAUGGAAACGAUGACAUUGAGGCUGUCUUUCCAGGAGAAACUGUGGUUAUUGUUUAG